AAAUUCUACCUCGAGAAAUUGCUGGGGCUCAUUAACACUGAAUUCGGAACUGAAGCAACCAGAGAAAAGACCUCGGAAACGAAAAGCCUCGAUGGGACCGCCGUCAAACAAGCGAAAGCUUCCCUCUGCCGCCGCACCAGCCGCGAAGCGCAGCAAAAACUCGGCCAAGGGCGCUGCUGCCGGCGCUGUCACAAAAUCGAAACCGAAGCCGAAACCGAACCCCGAAUCGCAGGCGAAGCCGGCGCGGAAGCUGGUCGACGCUGCUUCUCUCGCCUGGCAGUCGGUCGGAGAGGAAUUCGGCGGGCUCGAGGUGAUUGAGGGCGUGGACGUGGUGAGAAAUGGUGGGACUGUGCAGUUUUUAGUGGCGGAGCAACAGGAGCAGCAGCAGCAGCAGCAGAAACAAAAGGAUUCCGCCGACUCUUCCGAUUCAUCAACGCGCAGACAGGGGUCGGGCAAGCACGAGAAAACACCGACAGACGCACAAGAUGCCGUCGGCGAGCCUUUUGAAGGGUUUGGCGACAGCGCUGUGGAAGGCGAGGAUGUCGAUUCCGGCGAAGCUGGCGCUGCUCAAGGUGGCGUGGAGGGCGAGGGCGGCGAAGCGAAAGCUGCAGGAAAGGACAGGGCCGACGGCGAGAAGAAGCAGAAGAAGCAGAAGCAAAAGAAGCAGCUGGAAGCGGCCGACAAAGAGCUACAGAAGCCCGCUCCACGCAAGCAGCAACAGCAGGGCAACACGUUCGACGCGCUCAUGGCCGUGGACGACGCAGCCGAAGAAGCGGACAUGGCUGCCUGGGUGGAGCUGAACCUGUCGCCGCGCGUCGUGUCUGCGAUUGCGAAGCUGGGAUUCUCGAAGCCGACGCUGAUCCAGCAGAAGACGAUACCUGAGAUCCUGGCCGGUGAGGACGUGAUUGGCAAGGCGCAGACGGGUUCCGGAAAGACGCUGGCCUUUGGUAUACCGAUCGUGGAGAAGUGGCUGGAGCUGUAUGUCGACAAGGCGAAUGCGAAGCGCGAGGGCCCGACGGCGGUUGUUCUCAGCCCGACGCGAGAGCUGGCGAAGCAGCUGUCGGACCACAUCAAGGCGCUCUGCGAUGGAUUGCCGACAGCGCCCUACGUCUGCACCGUUACCGGUGGCUUGAGCAUUCAGAAGCAGCAGCGGCAGUUGGAGAAGGCCGACAUUGUCAUUGCGACGCCUGGUCGUUUGUGGGAGGUCCUAGAC